UCGAAGUGCUGCCACCUCUACGACAAAAUAAUAAUAUUUCCUAAUCAAUAUACCUGAUAUCAACAACUGAUGCACAAAACACACCGUCUCACCACCGACAGCCAGUACAUGGAGGUCGAAGGCUUGCUGCAGGCCAUGGACAUGCCCACCAGCCACGACCCGGAGGCGGAACUGGAGCCGGAGUCCACGUCGCUGUGCCGCCUGAGCCGCUACAACGUGACCAACCUGUACGAUGGGCCGGCGGGCGGGGGGUCCGCUUUGACCUCGGGCCGCCAGCGCUGCUACACAAUGCCGCAUGUGCCACCGCCAGCGCCGCCCUCCACGCCCACUCUGCUGACGAGCGGUGGUGGGGGUGGGGGCGGUAGUAGCACCUCCGUAUCCGUCUCCAUUUCGCCCACCUGCUCCACCGGCAGCCAUCCGCUGGAUGGCCAAAGUCAGAGCCUCAGCCAGAGCCCCUUGAACCACUUCAUCUACGUGAAGAACGGCAAGAACCUGCGUCGCGAAUCGCGCUGCGUCGACUCCGAGCUGUCCAAGCUGUUCAAUGUGGUCUCCAUCACGAACCGGCUGACGGCGAUCAAGAAUCGCAGCGGCUCCCUUGCGAAUUCCAGCGGGAUUUUGAACGCCUCGCGAACCAUAUCGAAGCUGAACGGGGCGACGGCCACGAAGAUCUUCAAGAUCCAUCGGGAUCCCAAGGAGUUUCUGCGCGAGACGGACGAGGACUCGGUCUCGGCGCCGGAGUACGACGAGGAGGAGGAGGACACGCGCUUCCGGUUCUUCCGGCGGGCGCGCUACUCGCGCAGGUACAGCACCUCGCGGUCGGGCAGAAAAUUCGCGAGGAAGUUCGCCCGUUUCGAGCACCAUGAGCGCAUGGAGACCAUCGUGGAUAGCUUCGAUGCGGCCAUGAGCUUCAACGAUGCGGACACCUGAGAGAAGGAGGAUGAGGAUGCGGCAUGGCAGAUGGUCGGCCAACCAAUGUGAUGAAUGUGAAUUUCAACUAAAUUAUUUUAAUUGCUACAAACUACUAUUAUUACGAUUAUUAUUACCGAUUACCGAGCUGUUCUCUCCAUACGUUUAGUUUCCUUCUACGCCGAUUGCCGUGGCCUCCGGGAUCCCGGCUGCGAGUCGCGGCUGCGGAUCGCGGACGCAGCGCAGGGCACGCAUUUAGUUUAAAGCCUAGUUUUACGCCUACGCCUCUGGGGCGGAGCAGGUGCAGCCGACCACCAAAUGGUUGACUGCUCCACGAACAGAACGAUUCCAAUAAAUGCACAAAACGUGUUGUAUUCGAGAAGAGAGAUUAA